AUGGCACUGCUCUCUGCAGCCGCACUGGGCCUGAGUGAACCUCUGGCUGGUUCAUCUCAGGCUAGCAUGAGCCGUAGUCGAUCAGCAGAGCCUACGCGGACGGUCAACAGUCCUCCACAAGCACACGCCCGUGAACACCUCGAACGACCGUCAGACCAACUCGUUCGGUCGAGCUCAGACGAUCACACGACGCUCAGCAUGCGCCGUCAAGAGGCUCAGCAGCAUACCCAACGCUUUCUCACCGACGCCAUCGCUCAGAGCUCCGGGCGGACGAUGCCAAUGUCGCACAACAUGGCACUGCUCAUGGGCAGACUCGAUCAAGAUCUGACCCAGUCGCCUUCGUCCAAGUCAUCAGACUCGCCUGCCAUUGACCUCACCGCAGUCAUCCCGCAUCCUGCUGUAGAGCAAGGCCAACUGGUCGUCGCCACCACCGACAGCGUGGACGAGGUCAUCCUUGACGCCCUGACGACCCAAGACGGAGAGCAACAGCAGGAAGAAUACGAGGGCGUCAUCCGAUGCAUCUGCGGUCUCGAGGACGAUGAUGGCUUCUCGAUCCAAUGUGAGCGAUGUACAGACUGGCAACAUGCCAUUUGUGUCCGCAUCAAUCCAGAUUCUGUCCCGGACGAGUACUUUUGCGAGCUCUGUGCGCCCAGAGAGACUAAUGGCGCCCAAGCUAGGGCUCGUCAGCAACUGAGGAUCAAGUACGAAUUUGAGCUGCAAGCUGCCAGAGACCCCAAUGCCUUCUUGACCGAAGAUGACGAGCUGUACUACCGUGGCAUCGAAUCUGCCGAGGCACGCGAGCGAGCAGCAGCAGCACUGCUCGUACUCGAUGAAGACUCUGGCGACUAUGUCCUUGCUUCUUCCUUUGCGCCAAAACGGAAGAGAAGCACGCUCACACCUCAGACCGCACUCGAGACAGUUGAAGAUGACAACAACGACGAGGGCAAACGUCAGAGGACGCCGCCUCUGGCAGGAGCCAGAAAACGACAGAAGUCAGCCAAACGCGGCCGACCCCCUACUCAGGCUAACCUGCCUCAGACGCCCAUGAAUGCUCAGGGCGGUAGUGCGCCUGCCACACCCGCUCCCGGUCAGGAGACUAGCAAUCGACGCGAACUGAGACCUUCGACCACUGGCGCGCUCGCGACGCCCUUUGGUCUCUCGAAAGACACUGUUGCUGCAGCUGCUGAGAAUGUUGAGGAGCAGGAUCCGUGGCUGUAUGAAUACACCGCCAUCGACGACAACCGUCUCGUCGACAGAACCGCCGUCAGCGAUCGUCUGACGACGGCGAUGCAGUGGUUUGUUGCAGACCAAGACUUUGUCAGGCAACAAGCUGCAGAUAAUGGCUAUUUAGCCAUUCGUGGCAAACGUUCCAGCAAAUCCUAUGAUGCUUCGCUACAGUACUUUACAGAUCCUCUAACGCCUGUCUAUCUGGACGACGAGCUGCCAGCACCGGCGAAGCUCGUCAUUGCUCCCUUGCAGCCUAACGCCUUCUGCCUUGCCCCCUCCACUGCCAAUCCGUUUGCACAAUUGACUACUACGCCGACGCUGGCCUGCCCCUACCCACGGCCGAUCACCCAUGCUGUCUAUGCAAAUGACAACAUUUCGACAGGCUCAUUCAUUGCAGAGCUGCGCGGCGAGAUCUCCACUCUCGAACAAUACAGGCAGUCACCUGUCAAUCAGUAUGCCGGCAUGGGCGUGCCAAAGCCCUACGUGCGAUCACUCACCGCGCCCUGGAGCUUAGCCAUCGAUUCCAGACAAUAUGGCAACGACACGCGCUUCAUUCGCACGGGCUGUCAUCCCAAUGCUGUCGUGCUUCCUGUCAUUGUCGCUCCGAAGCCGUAUACGGAGGACGAAGCAGUUCAGCUUCUGCGCAAACCCACUGUCAAGUUUGGCGUCUUUGCUUUGACCUUCAUUGCCAAGCGAGACGAGAUCGUACUGCCGUGGGACUGGGAUGACAAUCAUCUUGUGCACCUGCUUCCCGAUCUACUGCUGUCUGAGGAGCCGUCGCUCGAGCCAGAUGCCAUAGAAGACGUCUCGCGAAAGAUGGCUAGUGUUCUCGCUACCUUGCUCGGCUCAACUACGUGUGCCUGUCAAAAGCGCAAAGACUGCUCUGUCGUCUGGAUGUGGCGGCUCGCUGCUGCUACUACUGCUUCAGGCAGAGGAGCUCAAACUCAGGACGAUGCAGUCAAAGCAGCUUUGCAGAACGUUUUGCUGGCUGCCCGUGACGGCGGUAGCGCGAACAGUCGAUCAAAGGCUACUCGGCGCAAGCACAACAGCAGCAAACGUCCAGAGCUAGGCUCGUUGGUUGGCAUGUAUCGAUCUUGGCUCGGCCGGGACGAACUGCCAGAGCUGAUUGAGGACGAUUCGGAUGGUCAAGACGACCAAAAGCGUACCGAGGAGUCGGAAGCACCUGUCACGCCUGCAUCGGAAGCCAUAGACGAGGACGUCGAACCGCCUCCAUCUGCUAAACGUGUACGCAAGAUGAUCAACGAUUACGACUCGGACUCGGAUGCCACUGAUCCUCUCGCUGGCUCGCCCGAGCCAGAACCCGCAGUGUUUAGAGCUCCAUCUGUUGCCCGUUCAAGCUCGCAAGAGCCUGCGCUUGUAGCGAAAGAGCUGCAAAGUAUCUUUGAGGAUGCGUCACCUUCUGCUGAAGUGGAUUCGCCUGCGAAGGAGGCCCUCCUUGCCCCGAUCGAAACGGCAGCAGUGCCCAUCGAAAUGCCAAUCGAGCAGCCACAAGUCAAGACACCUACGCCGCCGCCGCCGCCAGAGCCUGUCAAGCCCAAGGCGACGCUUUCAUUCGCAGCCUUCCGGAAACGUCUCGCUUCAAAGAAGCCCUUGUCGCCGACUGUCGCAAAGACGGAAGACAAGCUCGAUGGCGGUAAGAACACCCUUCCCGCGGGUGGACAAAUUGAAGAUGCUGCGGAGGCAGACAUCAUCAGUGCAUCUAUGGAUACACCCAGCGCUGCACUCGUCGGCGACACGCCCAUGACGGAGACCCCGGCAGAGACACCCUCAAAUUUGUCGUUCUCGGCGGAUACUAGCUAUUUUCCUCAGCUUGGGAUAUCUCAGACUCUCGACGCGCCUCCGCCGCGCGAUACCAGCCCGCCGACAAUCCGCAAGCGAUCUAUCUCGCCAGUUGUAACUCAUAGACAGGCCUCUCCCGCCGCUGUGAUGCCGCAUACGCCAGCGAGAGAGACCACGCCCAAUGAACAGGGCGACUUGAGCUCACCGCCCGUACAAGCGAGUCUGCCUUCAUACGACAGCAUGCAAUCGUCAAGCGAUCGAGCGAUCGAGCGCCCAACUAUCUGGCGACGCGACGAUCUAGCUGGGCGUAGCGCUUUCGAACAACGGGGCGAUGAGACAGGCGUACGCUAUCCAAUGCAGCCUGCGAACCACCCAUUCGCAGAAGACAAUCGAUUCGGCUCCGAACCAAGCCGGAUCGAACCGCCCUCUGGCCCUCGGAGCCGUGGCGUGUACAUCGGUCGUGGGGGCGGUCCACCAUCGGGCUUCGUUCGCGAAUCUGCUUUCAAUACCGCGCCAGGCUACAGAUCUUCGUCUAGCUUCACUUCUCAGGGCACACAUCCAGCUCAUGCGAGCUAUCGAAAUACGCCCCAGCAGCCACCGAGUGCACCGCGAGCCUUGCAACCAACGUCAGCAUUUGCAUCCGCACCUAUACCCGCCUAUGUCACUCCAGCAACGGGUCGAGCGUCAUGGCCACCGCCUCCACCGAGCACCGGAUUCGCGUUCCAGAACAGCGAGCGAGCGCGCUACGAUGGCGUACCCAAGGGGCCUCGUCAGAGCCGCGGUCUGGGAGCAAAGACGAGAGGCUUCCGCGGUGGUCGCGGCCGGGGCAUGUAGCGAUCUUCCCUCGCACGCAAUCAAUGCACGUUCCGCACGUAAGGAGCAGCGUCUUUGAUCAUCUAUGAAUGGCCAGUCGAGUACAACAACACGCUCCAGCGCGCUAUCCGGCGAGCGAGUCUUACUUUUCGUUUGAGCUGCGGUGUUUGGGCAGGGUGUCAAUCUCAAUAGCCUCGUCAUCGCCAGGCAAAGCGACGUGUUCGGGCUUCUUAGGCGGUGGGGGAGCUCGGCUCAUGGACCAUGUGUAUAAAACGGAUCCGAGGAUGAUGACGGCAAUCCCACUGGCUCUGCCGUAGGUGACAAUAUCGUGAAAUAAGGCGACGCCCAGGAAAGUCUGCAGAACGCCUCGAACGGCAGACGAGAUCAUGUGUGUGGUCGGCGAGGUGACUUUGAUGGAGAUGAAGCCAGCGAUGCAGAUGGCAAAGCC